ACUUCUCGUCUUCAGCAUGGUACCCGGAAGUGGCGCGGCGCCAUGUUUAGUGAGGGCAGCGGAUCUCCCCGGCAGGUUGUAGUGAUCGUCUCCACGUGUGACACCCGGCCGCCACCAUGCUGCGCAGGGAGGCUCGUCUCCGGAGGGAAUACCUCUACAAGAAGGCUCAGGAGGCCAAACAGCACAGCAUAGAAGACAAGAAGCAGCGGUUAAAGCGGGCGCUGGAAGAAAACCGGCUCAUCCCCGCCGAGAUCCGCAGAGACGCCCUGUCCCUGCAGAAGCAGCUCGAGUUUGAUGAUGAAGGCGGUGAAGGCGUGUCCUCACAUGUGGAUGAUGAGUAUAGGUGGGCCGGUGUUGAAGACCCAAAGGUGAUGAUCACAACAUCGAGGGACCCAAGUUCACGACUGAAAAUGUUUGCCAAGGAGUUAAAGUUGGUUUUUCCCAACGCCCAGCGCAUGAACAGAGGAAAACACGAGAUGGGAUCGCUGGUCCAGGCUUGCAGAGCCAACGACGUCACCGACUUCGUCAUCGUCCAUGAGCACAGAGGCAUGCCAGAUGGGCUGAUCGUGAGCCAUCUUCCUUUUGGGCCCACUGCAUAUUUCACCCUUUGUAACGUGGUUAUGAGACACGAUAUUCCAGACCUGGGCACCAUGUCCGAGGCUUACCCACACCUCGUCUUCCACAACUUCACCUCCAGGCUCGGACGGCGGGUGUCUGAUAUCCUGAAGUAUUUGUUCCCUGUGCCCAAGGACGAGAGCAAGCGAGUGAUGACUUUUGCAAAUCAGGAUGACUACAUCUCCUUUAGGCACCACGUCUACAGGAAGACUGACCACCGCAAUAUCGAGUUGUCUGAAAUUGGGCCCCGGUUUGAGAUGAAAUUGUAUAUGAUUAAACUGGGCACCAUGGAGAAUGAGAACACAGCAGAGGUGGAGUGGCGCUGGCAUCCAUAUACCAACACCGCCAAGAAGAGGAAGUAUCUCAGCGACGAAUGAUUGUUCCUGUGUGUGAUGAGUGUAAAUAAAGAUCUUUUGUAGAACCAGA